AUGAAAACAACCGACGAGUCUGACGCAGUGUCGACCAAGAUCGAUAGAGAUCUCUUCUAUAAACUAGCGUCUGAUCUUUCUGAAGAAAGGUUGCAAGCAACCGUUAACCUUGUUACGGAGCUCUCUAAAUUAUCAAAAGAAUCUUCCGAAUGGAGCUAUGUGCUCUCCAGACUCAUCAACGGGCUUUCUUCCAGCAGAAAUGGUGCCAGGCUCGGUUACGGCCUGUGUCUCACAGAGGCUGUGUUUUUGGCUUUACAAAACGAGGUUCUGCCCGACAUUGGCCAUUACACCCAGCUGCUUUUUUCGUCGUUAUCAAAAGAGGCUGUUAAAAAUGGCAAAGAAGAACGAGGUUUGAUUUUUGGCAAGCUUUUUGGCCUUCAAGUCCUAUUGAAUGAGCCAUUGUUUUCUCACGUCUUCAAGACUGGCGAUGCCAAAUCUGGAUCCCAAGUUUUGAAUCUCGAUUUUACCUUAGAGUACGCUACCGCAUUGAUUGAUGUCGCUAUUACCAAAACGUGGAUUCGUGAAUCUGCUCUAUACACGUUGUAUCAGGCCAUUGAGAAAUUGGCUCCGCUGUUCACAUCUAGCGCUACAGUCAAUGCUAUAUUCGGGCUAUUGGAUAAAAGCCACCUCACGCUCACCAGCGAAGGUCUCGCUAUUUACAUCUUCCUGUUGCACACUUGCCCUACAACUAAGAAACUAUCUGGGCUCGAUAAGAGUCAAUUGCAGAACUCUUGGAAAGGCGGAGACCCUUUAAAAAAAGGAAACCUCCCGCUGAUCGCAAGUGCUCUCAAAGAAGCCAAUGUAUCUGAAGAUACGUCUUUAAAGCAAAAAGCUGUUUGGGCUCCCCGCUUACACUUUGUAUGGGAUGUUUUACUGCCCGCCAUCCUAAGCACUGGCAUUGAAAACAGCCACGUCUCUGAAAAACCUGUCUCCAAGAAAAGGAAAAAAGAUUCACAUGAUAAGAAGCAAUUGAUAGAACUUCCGGAGUUUUGGAAAUCAGUCAUUGACGACUCUUUCUUUAGCGAGAAGGCUUCGAGUGAAAGGAAAUAUUUGGGGUUCUUAGUUUUCGAGAAGGCAUUAGAACGGGUUCUUAGUUCGAACCUCUCAGACAUUUUUUCGACUAACUUCAUGAGAUGCCUAAUAAACCAAUCUGGUAGUCCCGAGAGAAAUCUCCAUAAAAUAUCUCAAAAAUCUCUAAAUGCAAUCUUGCGUGUUUGUCAAGAGAAUCCAGAAAAGACGGCACCUGUUUUGGAGGCAAUUGCCUUCAGUGAGACGGGAUCUAUACAUUUCGACAAGCUCACGAAAUCUAAGACAAUCACCAAUCUGCUGGCGAUUAAGAAUCUCCAUAGCGAGCAUCUCCUCAAUGUGGUAGAAGUUCUGGGUCAACAUCUUUCCCAAAAUGACAACGACUUUUCCACAACGAGGUUUGCUGUUGAUGCUGUACUCCAUCUUAUAAGAGCACAUAAGGUACAGACUGACAUUUCAUGGAUUGAACCUUGUCUUGACCUGCUUAUACAACUUGGCUUCUUCCAAAAACAUGAUCUUUUGGACACCGCUGAAACUCAUAUUCCUACCCAAUCGAUCAAUACAAUUGCUGUUGAAAGGCUUUACUCUGUCCUCGCUGAUCUCCUUUCUGCAGAAAAAGGUCCUUCCAAAAUUUGUUGGCCGUAUUUGGCUCUGGAGAAGGUUCUUGUCAAACAGAGGAACCGAAAGCUUAUAAAUGCGGUAGAUGACGAAAUCAGCAGCAUUUUCUCCACUGCCGAGACAGAACUUCAGACUGUCAAAAACAAGCUAUUGGAAGAUCAAUCUAACAUUCAAUUAUGGGCUCUACAGUUACUUUUCUCAGUCAAUCUUUUAGAAGCGUACUCAGGCGAAGCAGAGUCUGUUUCUGUACUGGAAGACCUCAUAUCGUUUUCCGAGCUAUAUGAAGAAAACAAAGAUGGCUCCUACGCUGGGUUCAUUGAGAUUCUGUUAUCGUUGGCGGCUCAAAAGAAAGCUUUAUUAAGAAAGUCCAGUUUGAUGAUAUGGGAAUCAUUUGUGGGUCAGGUCUCACCUGAUGACCUUUCAGUUUUGCUUGAUGUACUACCGGCGAGGGAAAAUAAAGAAGGUUAUAGUAAUCUUUUUGAGGGUGCUAACGAAGGCGAGAGCUCCGAGGGAGAAGAAGACGAUGACGACGACGAAGACGAAGAAGAUGAAAAUGAAGAAGAUGAAGAAGAAGAUGAGGACGCUUCGAAAGAUAACGGAAGCAGUGACGAAGAAGAAGACGAUUUGCACAAUGAUAAUACUGGCACCAUUGAGAAAGAAGCUGCCAGUGCCCUAGCGAAAGCUUUGAAUUUGCCAGAUUCUUUAGUUGACGACAAAGGUGAGGUCCAUUUUGACGAUUUAAGCGGCACAGGCGACGAUGAUGAGGACUCAAGUGAUGAGGACCUUGAUGAUGAGAAGAUGAUGGAACUUGAUGAUCAACUUUCAGAAAUCUUCAAGCGCCGUAAGGAAGCUUUAUCCCAGAUUCCAACGGGUAAUAAAAGAAAGAAAGAGGUUCAGGAAUCGAGAGAAAAUGUCAUCGCUUUCAAGCACAAGGUGGUAGACAUGCUUGAAGUGAUGGCACGUUGGGCUGAGGCUGAGUCCAAGAAAGAUGACUUUUCUGGCGCCCUGGAGAAAAUAUUGGAGACUGUUGUUCCGCUCGUAGAAUGUGUCAGAACAACUAUGGACAGGCCACUUGCGGAGAAAGUGUCGAAGCUGGCUAAAAAUAAGAUCACGAAAAUCAAAGUAAGUGGCGUCAACGCUGCUGGAAGGUAUGACAAAGACACCAUAACGGAGCUACUUAGGGACAUUCAUCAGUCUAUGUUCUCAAAGAAGCCAGGGCAAUUUCCGAACCUCUUCUUCUCGGUUUGCUCUUCAACUUCGAUCUUUCUGGCCAAGCUAAUGAUUGAGUUGGACCCUUCGAUGGAAACGUAUUUCACUUUGACAAAACUAUACCAUGAAUCAUUAAACGAGUGGUUGAAGUGGGGAAAGUUCGGUGUGAGCAUGUUUACAGAUUUCCUCAAUUGGCUGUCGUUAAAGAAGCAGCAGACGACAAACUAG